GGUGAUAUCAACGAGGUGCUGAUAAAGACCCUGGCCGAGGCGCACUCCAAUACUAACCACAAGCUAGAGAUAGUGCACGAGAUGUUCAGAAAACAGCAGGACGUUUCCCGUAUACUGUACUACAAGAACAUGACGCAGGAGGAGCUGUGGCUGGACUGUGCGGAGAAGCUGACGUCCAUGAUACAGCAGAUCAUCGAGUUCGCCAAGCUGAUACCCGGCUUCAUGCGGUUAAGUCAGGACGAUCAGAUUUUACUCCUCAAAACGGGCUCGUUCGAGCUGGCAAUCGUACGCAUGUCUCGACUGAUGGAUCUCUCAACCAACUCCGUGCUGUACGGCGACAUCAUGCUGCCACAGGAUGCCUUCUACACGUCCGACUCGUUCGAGAUGAAGCUCGUGGCGUGUAUAUUUGAGACGGCAAAAAGUAUUACGGAACUGAAGCUUACGGAAACGGAACUGGCGCUCUACCAGAGCUUGGUGCUGCUGUGGCCAGAACGGAACGGCGUCCGAGGCAACACGGAAAUUCAGCGAUUGUUCAACAUGAGCAUGUCGGCCAUCCGGCAGGAGAUUGAGGCGAAUCAUGCGCCGCUCAAAGGUGACGUGACGGUGCUCGAUACGCUGCUCAACAAAAUCCCCACCUUCCGCGAGCUGUCGAUUAUGCACAUGGAAGCGUUACAGAAGUUCAAACAGGAUCACCCGCAGUACGUUUUCCCGGCCUUGUACAAGGAACUGUUCUCGAUCGACUCGCAGCAGGACCUGUUGACAUAA